AUGUCUUCGUCUACUGUUGCUCAGCCCACCGACGGGGCCCCUGCCAACACAUCCGCCGCCGCCCUCAUGGAACAGCAUGGCUACCAUCAUGCCACCGUCGAGGAUGCCGAGGACCCCGAGCUCUCCGUCCCGGCGCCCAAGAAGUCCAGGGACCAGCUCGAUACUCAGUCGCACGAGCUGUUCCCUGAGCUGGGUGCCUCCAAGGGCAAGAGCGCCAAUGUCGCCCCCGUCUGGGGUGCCAAGUCUGCCGGUGCUACCAACGGCGGCUCUGCUGCUGCCUCGUCCGGUGCCUCGACCCCGGCUGCCGCCACGCCGCCGCCCCAGGCCGCCAAGCCCAGCAUGUUCAUCCCCGGCCGCAACCUCGAGUCCGUCCUCAUCGAGCCUCAGCACAUCCUCCCCCGCGGCCAGCUCAAGAAGCCCAUCCCGGACGUCAUCAAGGAUAUCAAUCGCAGGUCUAGGGCCAACCUCACCAUGUCUACUGCCUCCAACGGCCGUCUCAAGUUCGACGCCAGCGGCCCCCCCGAGAACGCUCAGCAGGCCCUCAAGGACCUGAUUCAGCAGAUUGGCAUCAAGACUUCCACCAGGGUCCCCAUUCCCCAGUCUGCCCGCGCUCACAUCAUCGGUAAGGGCGGUGCCACAAUCAAAAACAUCCAGGAGAAGACGGGCGCUCGCAUCCAGCUCCCCAAGAUCGACCCCAGCCAGCCUCUGGACGACGACGACGACGAGGCCACCAUCGACGUCAUUAUCGAGGGCAACACCCUUGCUGCCGGUUCCGCCCGCAACGAGAUUCUUAAGAUUGCCAGCGAGCGGACCGCCAAUAUCCAGACCAAGGUCCGCGGCAUCCCCGCUGCCUUCUUCCCCUUCCUUGCCGGCGCCCACAACGCUAGCGCUCAGGCUCUGGAGGAGAACAGCGACGUCCAGGUCCGCGUCCCCUCGCACCAGGCCUAUACGACGGCUCCCGUCUUGGGUGCUGACGACCGACCCCAGUUUGUCCCCACCGAGGACAACCACAUUCAGCUGGCUGGUGAGCGCACUGCCGUCCAGAAGGCUCGCGCCGAGAUUGAGCGCCGUGCGGCCGACCUUGCCCAGCAGCUCCAGAUGGAGCAGCUGUCGAUCCAGCCCGGCCGCCACCAGUUCAUCAUUGGUGACCGCGGUGUCCCCACCGACGACUUCUUCGCCGACACCGGCUGUGCUAUCCUGCUGCCAACCGAGGAGGAGGACGACCUCGUCACCAUCAUCGGCCCGCCCGACAAGGUCCAAGUCGGUGUUGAGAAGGCCAUGGACCUUGCCAUGGGCAUGCAAAUGUCCAACCUCGACAUCUCCAGGUUCCACCGCAACGCCCCCGGCGGUGCUGCCUUCCAUGCCGGCCUCGUGACACGCUACCUUCGUCACCGCAGGGAGGUUGAGCGCCUCGAGAGGCUGUACAACACGCACAUCAACACGCCCUUCUCCGAGGGAGGCGCCCUCCCUUGGGAGCUCUACUCGCGCGAGGGAAAGAACGCGAUCCGGGCCCAAUCGGACAUUAGCAGCAUCAUCAACGCCCACCCUCCGUCGCGUCUGCACCCCGUCACAAUCGACCCCUUCUUCCACCAGCACAUCCGCAACGAUAUCACGCCCAAGGUCAAGGAGAACUUUGGCGUCCACGUCGUGGUCCCCGAGCCCGGAGAGACCAACGCUCCCGUGCUCCUGGUCUUCGAGGGCCCCGACCCCGCCGAAGGCCCAUACCAGCUGCCCCGCACCAAGCCCAACGACGACGAGGUCCGCGCCUUCAGGCAGGGCCUCGCCGAUGCGGAGCGCCAUAUCCUCGACCUGAUCAACAAGCAGGAGCAGCUCGCCACCGUGUCGCUGGACGUUCCCGUCAAGUACCACGACAAGCUGAGGCGCUUCAUCAAGAAGGAGCAGGAGAGCCGCGUGGCGGACCAGAUCCCGGUGCGUGUCACUAAGGUAGGCACCACCAUCACGCUCCGGGGCCCGGCCUCGGCUGUACAGGCGCUGGCGGCCAAGUCGGAGGCCUUUGUGGAGCAGGAGAGGCAGGAUGACAAGGAGCGCGGCUUCACGCUCACCUUUGACUUCCCGCAGAAGUUUGCCAACCACCUGAUUGGCAAGGGCGGUAGCAACAUCAAGGACCUGCGUGACCGCUUCGACGUCGAGAUACAGGUGCACGAUGGGCAAGUGGAUCUUAAGGGCCCCAAGGCCAAGGCCGAGGCGGCCCGGUCGCACAUCCAGAGCUACGGUCGCACGCUCGAGGAUGAGGUGACGCACGUGCUCAAGAUCAACCCCAAGUUCCACCGCGAGCUCAUCGGCGCCCAGGGCUCGCAGAUCAACCGCCUGCAGACGCGAUACAAGGUCCUCAUCAUGUUCCCCCGCUCGGCCAAGAGCGACGACCAGCAGUCCAACGCCGACACCGGUAGCGAGGCUGGCGGCCCGGCAGCCGCCAAGAGCAGCAGCCGCCGCCAGCAGGGUCCCGAUGAGGUCAUCAUCCGCGGUCCCAAGAGGGGCGCCGACGAGGCCCGCGACGAGAUCUUCUCCCUGUACAAGUACCUCGAGGAGCACUCGCACACGGCCACGGUGCCUGUCAAGCAGAAGCAGGUCGGUUCGCUCAUCGGGCAGGGCGGCGCGGCCCUCGACGAGCUCCGCGCCGCCACGGGCGCCAGGAUAGACGUCCCCUCGGACCGCGACACGGACAUUGUCGAGAUUGUUAUCCGUGGCACGGCCAAGCAGGUCGCCGAGGCCAAGAAGGUGCUCGAGGGAAAGAGGGCUGUGUACGACGACACUGUUACGCAAACGAUUGAUGUCGACAAGAAGCACCACAGGGCUCUGAUUGGAGCCAGCGGCUCCAACCUUCGUGACAUCGUCGUCAAGGCCGGUGGCUCCGACGACAGGCGCGAGCUCGCCCGCACGAUUCAGUUCCCCAAGCAGGACGCCGACGGUAGCAGCAUCAAGGUCGAGGGCCGCACCGAGGUGGUAGCCAACAUCAUCAAGCGCAUCCAGGAGAUUGUGGCGGAGCGCGAGAGCCAGGUGACGGAGGUUGUCGAGGUGGCGGCAGACCAGCACCGAUCGCUCAUCGGACGCGGCGGCGACACCAAGAGGCAGAUGGAGAAGCAGUUCUCGGUGGCGGUGGACGUGCCGCGCCAGGGCAGCGGCCAGACGGGGGUCAAGAUCGUCGGGCGCCCGGAGGAUGUGGAGAAGGCCAAGGAGCACAUCGAGAAGCUGGUCAAGCAGCAGCAGGGUGAGACUGUGCAGGUUCCGCGCAACCUGCACCACACGCUGUCGAACGGUGGGCAGUUCUUCCGGCAGCUGCGCAACAACCACCAGGUGACUGUCGACCACGCUGGCCAGGCGCCUCCGGCCAAGCCCGACACGUCGGGACGGGUGGUCGGCUCGGGCGGCGCCCUCCCCCUCAUCACGGACGACGAGGCCUCGACGGCCGACGUGCACUCGUGGAAGGUGGUGAUGGCGUCCGCGGGCGAGGAGGGGACGAUCCCGUGGGUGCUCCGUGGGUCGUCAGCCGAGGGCGUGGCCAAGGCCAAGGAGGCGAUCGAGAAGGCGAUCGAGCAGGCGCGCAAGUCGGACGCUACGGGCUAUCUCGUGCUCCCCGACCCCAAGACGUACCGCUUCGUCAUCGGGCCCAACGGCACAAAGGUCAACGCCAUCCGCAAGCAGAGCGGCUGCAUGAUCCAGGUGCCCAGGGACCAGGCCAAGGAUGAGGCCAUUGAGAUCAUCGGCACGGCCGAGGGUGUGGAGAAGGCCAAGGAUCUGAUUCUCGAGGCUGUCUCCGAGGGUCUUAACAGGGAUGGUGAUAGGGAUUAG